AUGAAUACGGUAUCCGAAGACCUAGCCAAUUUUACCACUUUGCCAAGCCAUGCAGAUACCUUCAAAAACUGCACAGAUGAAGAAUUCUUAGAGAUAAAAUCCUAUCUGUCUGUUCUUUACAGCAUAAUCUUUCUGGUGUGCUUUCCAGGGAACAUUAUUGUAAUUUUCACAUAUAUUUUCAAGAUGAGGCCCUGGAAAAGCAGCACCAUCAUUAUGUUAAACUUGGCUGUCACUGACCUGUUGUACUUAGCUACUCUUCCUUUUUUGAUACACUACUCUGCUAAUGGAGAUAAUUGGAUCUUCGGAGUCUUCAUGUGCAAGUUUAUUCGCUUCAAUUUCUACAUCAACUUGUACGGCAGCAUCUUUUUCCUCACUUGCUUCAGCAUUUUCCGCUACAUUGUAGUCAUCUAUCCAACAAGCUGCUUUUUUGUUCGGAAAAGGAGCUGGGCAGUGGUGGCUUGUGCUGCAGUUUGGGUGAUUUCCCUGGUGGCUGCCAGUCCUCUGAACUUUCUGAUCACUUCCAAAGAGAAUCAAAACAGAUCUAUUUGCAUGGAUCUUACUACUUCUGAAGACCUGGAAACUAGCAGGUGGUAUAACUGGCUUCUGACUGCGUUCGCCUUCUUCUUACCCUUGCUAAUUGUGACUCUGUGUUACAUUGCGAUUAUUUACACAUUGGCUACAGGGCCUCAUAAUCACACUUUGCACAAGCAGAAGGCUCGCAAACUUGCCAUUCUUCUCUUGGUGGUAUUUUAUUUCUGUUUCCUACCCUUUCAUGUCUUGAGGGGGACUCAGAUAGAACUACAACUUCAUCCAGUUAGCUGCAUCACUGAGAACCAAACCUAUGCUUUAUUUAUUGUAUCUAUGCCCUUAGCAGCACUAAAUACACUUGGUAACUUAUUACUCUAUGUUGUGAUGGGAGACAACUUCCAGCAGGCCAUCCUCUCGCUUUUGAAAUUGAAGACAAACAAGACCACGAAAUAG